GUAGUAAUUCGAACUCAAGAGGAGGCGCAAAUUCAAAAACUGGUGGCUGCUGAAUACUGAAGGCCUAGCUCUUUGUUGUAAAUAUAUACAUCUUUUUAACUUCCCUGUCGCGUUCUGCUUCUCACCUCACCCCGUGUGCUUGAUUUCUGAUACUGUUUGUGUUGUUCUACUAUAGAACAUGGCGAGCCUACCCAACUCGCGUAAACAAAAGCGCGAAAUGAAGAACUCUGAAUCUCCUGCUAAUGCCAGCGCCUGCGACUCGGAAAAUGGUAACAGAGCGCCACCAGUAAUGUCCUCAACCUCACCGACAACGUCGACGUCCACGCCUGCGCCAGAUAUGAUUCAAGCAAUGGUCGCAGCGUUUAGAAUAGCAUUGAUGACGUCGAAUACACUUUCAUCGCCCUCCAACAAUACACCCCAAGUUAAAUUCCCAGCACCAGAAAAGUUCGUCCCAGGGGAAUCAUUCACAUUGUGGGAGGAGCAGUGCCGUCGAUAUAUACAACAAUUUGAUGAAAAACAAAGAGCUAGUGCUGUUAUCUGUUUACUGUCAAUACCCGCGUUGAAACGCCUCAAGCUAGCUGGCGUUGACACAGAAGAGACGAUGGAAGUAGAGGAGCUAUUUGCAGCGAUGCGUCGAGCAUUUGCGCCGCAUACCCAUGUUCUUGGGCAGCGGGCCGCUUUUCACGCAUGUGUCCAGCAGAGCGGCGAAAGUACAGAGGAAUUCCUCUGGCGACUUCAAGAGUUAGCCCCAGUCGCUUUUGAAGGAGACUCCGCAACCGAAAUCAGCUCCCGCAUUCUCCACCAAUUCGAAGAAGGGCUGCUGCACGACGAAGUACGAGAAAGGGUCAUUGAAAGCAAUCCUACAUCGCCCGUGGAGGCUCUACAGGUUGCCAAACAGAAGGAAGCUCUAAUUAAGCUUCGUAAGAAUCGGCGACCAACAGACGGACCCUAUACUCAAUCGCAAUAUCAAGAAUCGAGGACGCCUCGUGAGCAUCGUACGAAACCACAUCUUGAGUGGAGGUCCCGAUCUUCCCCGAAAGCAAGACAAAUUCCACACCAACCACGUCCAAGAGCGGCCUGGAUAAACUCUCGCCUCCCAGAAGAGAUUGGGACGAUUUCGAGGCGGGGAGACCGAACCACUGAAGUCGCUGGGGACAGCUUUUUGGAACCGAGGGGGUCGUGUAGUAAUUCGAACUCAAGAGGAGGCGCAAAUUCAAAAACUGGUGGCUGCUGAAUACUGAAGGCCUAGCUCUUUGUUGUAAAUAUAUACAUCUUUUUAACUUCCCUGUCGCGUUCUGCUUCUCAC